CACAGCGUCAAGCAUGAGCGAUCGAAAAAUGCAGACGAACAUUGACGCUUAGAAUGUACGGCGUAAUUUCGCAGAUAUUGACUGUACAAGAAUAGUUGAUGUCUUUUACAUUUAUCAAGAGUCAGAGAUACAGAUGUCGUUAUAUUUUGUCAGAUCUGUGUUUGCAUGAAUUAACCAUGAGAAGACAUAAACGUUAUAAAGUUACAUAAGCUGUGAGAAUGGAAGUUUCAAAGUAUAAUUCUUUCAGAGGAAAUGAGGCAACUUGGCGCCUUUGUUUUUCGUUUGAAUGAAAAUGGCCAGGGCCCUGAUCUUGUGAGACAGGUGUUUCUGGAGAGAGGUUGGGUGGAGUUUGAAGAUGAACAAGAGGAUAAUGACUGGAAUUUGUUCUGGAGAACAUCACGUUUUCGAACUGGAGAUUAUGAUCUCAUUAUGCCAUGGCAAAAGAGUGAACCACUUCCAAAGUCUUUGUCCAUAACCAAAAAGGAUUGUUUGGCAAGAAACCUGAAACGUAUGAAAGGCAUUUGAAAUGGUGUCUACAAUUUCAGCCCUGUUGCCUUCAAUUUGCCAAAUGAUUACACAAAGUUUGUGUCAGAGUACACCGGUUUACGUCAGCUGGAAGAUCCCAAAAUGGUCCUGUGGAUUUGCAAGCCAGCCGAUUUGUCUAGGGGAAGAGGAAUUUUUCUGUUCAGAGAGCUGGCUAAUCUCCAGUAUGACUGCUCUGCCGUUGUCCAAAGAUACAUAGCCAACCCACUGUUGAUUGGUGGCUACAAAUUUGACCUUAGGAUCUAUGUUCUUGUGCCAUGUUUUCAACCUCUAGCCAUCUACAUAUACAAGAAGGGUUUAGUGCGAUUCAGCACCGAGAAGUUCGACCUGGACUCGUUAAACAAUAUUUUCUCUCAUUUAACAAACACUUCAAUAAAUAAACACAGCCCAGAGUAUACAACCGACAAAGAACGGGUUGGGCCUGGCUGCAAAUGGACAUUAACACAACUACGACACUAUUUCCACCAGAACAACAUUGAUGACCGAAUGUUGUUCGCAAGGAUUACCAACAUUGUGAUUCUUACUCUCAUCAUGCAAGCUCCACAAGUUCCUAAAGUAAACAACUGUUUUGAACUCUACGGAUUUGACAUCAUUAUUGACGAAAACCUCAAGCCUUGGCUGCUGGAAGUAAAUUUCAGUCCAGCUCUUGGCAUGGACUGUCAGGCAGAUUCCAUUGUAAAGAAACCUUUAAUUCAUGAUCUGCUGGUAAUGAGAUUUAAAGAAUCUGACAAAGAAAGAGGUGAGUCUUUGGCAAUAAACUGCCAAAGUCCAACUAGAAACAAGUGCAACACCUCUGUGUAUGCAAGAAGGCAGUCUUUGGUGAGUCGACAAAGGACUGCAAGUAUUAACAGUUUCAGUAAGGCAGGCUUGGCAAAGUUUGGAGGAAGCACCAUGUCUCUUAGUUCUCAGAACAAAACAUCUUAUUGCUAUGAGUUUGAAGAAGAGGACAGUGAUGAUGAACCUGUUGUGACUAACCUAAGACCAAUGGCAGGUGGUGGUCUACCUAUCAUCAAAGACAGAGGUGACAUAAAACAACAGGCUAGCGACAGUUCAGGGUUUUCAAGUGCCAAGCAGCCAUGGGAGCAAUCAGGGGCAAAAGACGAGAAAACAGGACAGAGGAUCAACAAGGCCCAAGUCACCUGCAACAGCAAACAGAAACCACGCUCUAGAAGGAAAAACAGCCAGAAUGGAGCACCUUCCGGGUCUCAGACUGCUAGAACUUGUAGGUCCAAGCCCAUUUUCCUUCUUUCCGUGAAACCCUCUGCUUCUUCUACUGGUAUUUCUUCAGAGUGGUCACCCUCAAAACAACUAGGCAUAAAAUCAUGUGGUCAGAAGUGGACAGCAUAUUGCAAGGAGUUCUCUCUCUGCACAAAGUCGCCUCCAAAAAGUGGACCACCAUUACAAGUGGGUAACUACUUUUUGGUUUUUCCUAUCAAUGAUGGCAUGUUAAAAGCUUCCAAACCUGUGCUAGAGGUUCGGCUUGCCAUACAAGAAUGUCAAAAAGUGCUCAAAAAAUCAUUGUUAGAGAUACGCACUGGAAGUCCUCCUAAGCCUAGGCAGCUCUGCAACCUGCAGAUGUCCCUGAUCAACUUUGGGCACCACUACGAUUUCCAGAAGCAGAAGUUUAGAUAUUUGUGAGAGAAAGUUGGAGAGCACUUGGCAAAGAACACAGAUCUCAAGGGUUUGGCUUAUACAAGCUUAGCAUCAGUAUCUAUAUACAUGUAUAUAAAAUAUUUGUAUUUAUUUAUAAAUAUUUGUCUUUAGUUUGGCGUAGUAAAUGUUUAGUACAGGAUUACUCAGGUUCAUUCUUAUAGGUGAAUAGAUACAUGUAAGCCCUUUAAAACUUUUUCAAAACGUUUGUUAAAGAGCCUCUUCUGCUGUGGCAUAAAGCUGUGGAAGCUUUCACAGUGGAAGUAAUGAACUAAUUUUUCCGUUUAAUAUAAAUUUUGCAUUUGUGCUAUAGCUUACAUGCAUAGCUUAUCUCUCCUUUUCAGAAUGUCAUGAUGCCGAUAGUGGUCUCCUUCAGUUAAGCCUCCAUCACUUAGAAAAUGUAAUAGCUUGAAUGAAGUCAUGAACUGGACUGCCAAGUUCUUUACAUAUUUAGAUAGACAGAUCAUAUAGAGUUAUACUAAGCCAGCUUAUAGAUCGAUCUAUGCAUUCACUCGUCAUCUAAGUGGAAAGGGUAAAACAGAAAAUUAGUGCUUUUAGGACAACCUGUUCUAAGCAUUUUAC